AUGAAAGGUCAGAAGAAGGCCAGUAGGAAAGAUAGCAAGACUAAUGGUUAUCUCACACCUAAGUUUUCGUUGAGCAAGAUGGCAACCUUGUUGAGUGUUUUCUCAGUGAGGAACCUGCUGGUUUUGUCACUGGCUCUGAAUGUGAGUUUAAUUUUGAGGGUCAUGCUCUUGCAUGAUUCUCAAAAUGGGAGCUUUAAUGGCUUCUUCUUUGAGGAGCAGAAUGGACCACAGGAAGAGGCGCAUGCUAGCAAGAGAAGACGUCUCUCCUCUUCUGUUUCCUCUUCAUCAUCAUCAUCUUCUUCUCUUACAAUGGCUCAAGGUGACGAAGAUAGAGUUAUCAACCUUGAUCAUGGCGAUCCGACAAUGUACGAAAGCUAUUGGCAAAAGAUGGGAGACGAGACCACCAUUCUUAUUCCUGGAUGGCAGUUCAUGAGCUACUUUUCAGAUGCCACAAACCUUUGCUGGUUCUUAGAGCCUGAAUUUGCAAAGCAAAUUGUCCGAUUACAUAAAGUAGUGGGCAAUGCAGUCACGGAGAACCGGUAUAUUGUAGUUGGAACGGGUUCAACGCAACUCUUCCAAGCUGCCCUGUAUGCACUUUCUCCCACAACCGAGGCAGACCCCAUUAGUGUGGUUUCAGCAGCCCCUUAUUAUUCUUCCUACCCUGUGAUUACUGACUGCCUCAAGUCCAGACUUUACGAAUGGGCAGGCGAUGCCCGGAGCUUCAGCAAAAAUGGCCCUUACAUAGAAAUCGUUACCUCCCCCAACAAUCCUGAUGGAUAUGCAAGGCACUCUGUUGUUAACAGUAGAGACGGGACACUGAUUCAUGAUCUUGCCUAUUAUUGGCCGCAAUAUACACCAAUAUCCUCUCCGGCCAACUAUGAUCUGAUGCUUUUCACUGUCUCAAAGAGCACCGGUCAUGCUGGGAUGCGCAUUGGAUGGGCUCUUGUUAAAGAUGAAGAUGUUGCAAGAAAGAUGACAAAAUACAUAGAGCUCAACACCAUUGGUGUCUCGAAGGAUUCACAGCUCAGAGCAGCCGUAGUUUUGAAAGUUAUAUCCAACAGCUGUGAAAGACCAAAUGAAGUUGAUUCCUUCUUCGAGUUCAGCUACCACCAUAUGGCCAAGAGGUGGAAGCAAUUGAGACAGGCAGUGCACCAGAGUGGCUUAUUUAGUGUGCCUGACUUUCCCCCCCAGCUUUGCAAGUUUCUCAAUAGGGUCUUUGAGCCUCAACCUGCUUUCGCAUGGCUAAAAUGUGAAGGAGAGAUUGAAGACUGCGAAAGCUUCCUUCGAAGCAAAAGGAUCUUGACGAGGGGUGGCAAGCACUUUGGGGUUAGCCCUAAGUAUGUUCGGAUAAGCAUGUUGGAUCGAGACAAAAACUAUGAUACCUUUAUAGAAAGGAUGUCUAUGAUCCGAGCAUGACAUUCGAGACACCUCUGUAAGCAAAACCGGGGGGAAAGGGGAGUUAGAAUUCUUUUGUAAAUUGGCCAACAAAUGAAGCAAUAGAUUAUUUUUCUCCAUUUGAUCUAUUAGAAAAAGCUCUCUACUUGUUUGUAUGCUCUAAAGAGUUAAUCAGAAAAUGGAGGCUUAAAUGGGGCUUAAUCUUCUUAAUGGUGCCAGGAAUGCUUGCAUGUUUAAAUGGCCAAUAGAUGCAUGCAAUCCUUUUAAACCUGUUUAGGGAUCCCAAGGAACCUGAACUUAGGCUUAAAUAUUGAGUCCCAUUUACUUAAAAAAAAUCCACUCCUUCGAAGGAAAUGGGUGAUUAAAGUUGUUGAAUUUAUGUGUUGAAAUGAACCAAAAUACAAGCAGUGAAAUCUAGUUGUGUGAAGCCAUUC